AUGAGUCAAAGUGAGCAGAGGUUACGCUUGAGAUCCAGACCUCGCUCCCGCUCUGAUAGAAGGAGUCGACGCAGGUCCAGGGGUCGCUCUAGCAGCUGUGGGCGAUUUUCUCGCGGCAUCCAACUCCGACCUUCCCAGCAGGUUCAUGAGAGACGCAGCCAAGCAGGCAAUAGGCCCAAGGCGCUCUUCCUCAUGGGAUUGCCAGGAGCUGGGAAAACGACGGUGAAGAAGGAUAGGAUGAGCAAAGAAUUUUUCGUAAAUGUCGAGCCUGACCAGCUGAAACGUUUUCACAGGCAUUUCUCCAGUUCAAUGAGCGAGGAGACCGACACAGAAGUGCACAGAUGGAGUGUCAGGCGAGCUGUGGAUGCUUUUGAGGAUGCGCUCAACGACAGAAGGAGACCCAAUGUGCUCUUCGACUCUUCUGGCUCAAACUCGCAGUGGCUGGCACGCCGCCUCGAGACUGCGCGCCAUGCAGGCUACCAGACAGAGCUGCUGUGGGUGGACGUGCCUGUGGAGAUAGCCUUGUGGCGGAAUCGAAACCGAGCAAAAUCCAAAGGACAGUGGUGUCCAGAGUGCAUUAUCAUGGAAAAGUCAGAGGUAAUGCGAAGCAGCUUCGAGGAGCUCCGUGACACUGCCAAUGCAGCCAGCAGAAUACAGAACUGGGACCCAGAGGGUGAUGAGCUGAAGCAGGCAAAGCAGGACCUGUACCUAUAUCCAGCCCCCAGGACGCGGGCAGCCACCGUGCACCCAAGCGAUCCAACUUAUGGAGAGGCCCCACCUGGUGCGCGCUCCCCAUCGCCGACUCGCACGUCGCAAAGGACGAUUCGAAUCGGGCCUUGGAAACGCAGUGACGACGUGAUGAAAGCCAAAAGCGCCAGGCUGAAAUGGAUGGAUGAGACCUACAGAGGAAAUCGCGAAAAGUUUGUCCUGGAGGAGGUUCUGGCAGGGCGAGAAGUGCUGUUGGAGCGAAACAUGUUUCCGUACUUGUUGCCCCCUGGCAUGGAGCAUUGGACCAUAUGGGCCAGGAAAGCGAUGGAUCACGCAGAGUUGUGUCAGUUCAUCAAGGCAUGGCUUAAUGCCAGAAAGCCACACAAUGUAAUCGCAUGGAACUAUGAUGACAACCGGCAAAUGCGAACCAUUGAUGUAUGGCAUGUCCAUAUCUACUUUCAGGGCGCAGAUGGAGAGCUGCCGAAAUUCUGCAUCAGCUCAGCAAGCGACGCAGCACCAGGUGCAAAGCCGAAAGGAUUUUGCAUUUCAGGUCGAUCGCCGUGCAGUGUUUGA